AGAGAGAGAGAUAUGAGAGGUGUAAUACCAAACUAUCACCAUUCUUACACUUUCUUCUUUUUCGUUGUCUUUGUUAAUCUGUUUAGCCAUGUGUUCUCGAUCAAUACUUUGUCAUCAACAGAGUCUCUGACAAUCUCAAGCAACCGAACCGUUGUGUCUCCCGGUGAUGUCUUCGAGCUUGGUUUCUUCAAAACCACAAGAAGUAGUUCUCGAGAUGGUGAUCGUUGGUAUCUCGGGAUUUGGUACAAGAAAACCACUGAGAGAACCUAUGUAUGGGUUGCUAACAGAGACAAUCCUGUUUCCAAUCCAAAUGCAACAUUAAAAAUCUCUGAUGCUAACCUCGUCCUCCUUGACCAAUCAGAUACUCUUAUCUGGUCAACGAAUCUGACGAGAGCUGUGAAAUCUCCAGUUGUGGCAGAGCUUCUCGGUAACGGCAACUUAGUGCUCAGAGACUCCAAAACCAAAGACGACCCAAAUCAAUUCUUGUGGCAAAGCUUUGAUUUUCCGGUGGAUACUUUACUCCCGGAGAUGAAAAUUGGCUGGGGUCUCAGAACAGGACACAACAGAUUCCUGAAAUCUUGGAGAUCACCAAAUGAUCCGUCAAGCGGAGAUUAUUCGUUCAAGCUCGAAACUGGAGGGUUACCUGAGUUUUACCUUAAGAAAGGAGCAUUCAAAGUGUACCGAACCGGUCCGUGGAAUGGAAUCCGGUUUAGCGGUAUACCAAAGAUGCAACAAGGGAGCUACAUUGUCGACAACUUCAUAGAGAAAAGAGAGGAAGUCGCUUACACUUUCCGAGUCACCACCACCAACCACAGCUUCAACUCGAGAAUUACACUGAGUUCCAAUGGGUUAUUACAGAUAUACACGUGGAACCCGACAGCACCGGAACCGAACAUGUUCUUGUUUUUCCCGAGCGAUGACUGCGAUUUGUACUCGGUCUGUGGCUCUUACAGUUACUGUGACAUGAAAACGUCACCGGUUUGUAAUUGUAUCGGAGGAUUUGUACCGAAGAACGUGACGGCUUGGGGUUUGGGAGACGCGUCCGAUGGUUGCGUGAGGAGGACGCCACUGAGCUGCGGCAGAGGAGAUAGGUUUUUGCGGAUGGAGAAGAUGAAGUUGCCGGAGACGAGUAGAGUGAAUGUGGACGUGGGAAUUGAGUUGAAGGAAUGUGAGGAGAGGUGUCUCCAGGAUUGUAACUGUACCGGGUUUGCUAAUAUGGAUAUCCGAAAUGGCGGGUCGGGUUGUGUGAUUUGGACCGAUGAGCUCAUGGAUAUGCGGAACUACGUUGCAGGAUCAGGUCAAGAUCUUUAUGUCAAACUAGGACCUGCUUAG